CGCGAAAAAAGCAAGAGCGCAGUGAACUUGCGAGUGGCCUCGGCGCCGCAUAGUACGAACGAAAGCUUGUGCGCGCCAGAGUCGAGCAUGCCUCUAUCAAUACCACGACGAUGAUGAAUGAGAAUAAUAAUUUCUUACUUUGCAAAGGGUCUCUAUACAACCGUGAAAGCUGAACGUAUAGACCACCGUUGCAUUUUUUUUACUGAGAAGCUCAUCGAAGAGGCUACGACGCUGAGAUCCUCCAGGAUUGGGAAUACUCACGGCCACCAGCGUUCGCGUGCCGAGCGUCAUGGUGUGUGUACGCCGGCUAAAGCAUGACCCGAUAUUUGGAGUCGACUCUCGCUGGAGUUGGAUCACCGCCUUUUUUUGCGCCUGGGUUCUGUUCCUUGGCAUGGCGACACCUCGUAUAGCAGGUAUCUUCUUCUACGGAAUCAUUGAGACAUUCGGAGUAACCAGAGCGGAGGCUUCGUGGCCCGUGUCCCUGGCGGGUACCUUCACAGUUAUAGGAGGCCCGAUAGCUGGCUACCUCUGCCAGCGUUUUUCGUGCCGGGCCGUCCUCUUGGCGUGCUCGUCUCUUGCAGGAAUUGGGGCCAGUUCGUGCUACCUGGCGAAGAGUCUGCUAUUUAUUACAAUUUCCUUUGGAUUUGUUCAUGGUGCUGCAUUAUGCGGUUUCUUCGUAGCUUGCAAUGUUUUGGUUGCCCAACACUUCGAGAAGCGAAGAGCAACGGCCACCAGCCUAGUGUUCACAGUUUUCGGCUUCAACUCCGUCAUUCUUUCGCCACUGCUCGAGUUCUUCCGAACAACUUACGGUGUCCGCGGUGCUUUUCUUCUCUACGGAGCGAUUCUCCUGAAUGCGAUUCCAGCCGUUAUUGUUCUCAGAAGCCCUCCAUGGCUCACGAAGCAGAAAGUUACAAGUACCGUGGCAAAAUGUGAAGAAGAGGACGACGGAAACGUAUCACGCAUUUUGAUUGAAUCAGCCAAUAUAGACGCAGAUGUCAGAAGCGGACCAGAAAAAGAAAAUGCAAGGCAGCAUUCAAAUCAACCAUCAAACUGGGAGCCAGGAAGGCUCUACUACAUUUUAAUCUUCCCACAACGGCAGGGCAAUUCAUUGACAUUAUCUUUUCUUGUUCACGCGUUGUCUUACGCCGCCAUAGUCUUCACAGUUGGCGUCUUUGUCCUGAUUCCGGCAGAUCUCGCCAGUGACCGUGGCCUGAACCCUUCGAAUGUUGUGUAUUUCCUGCAAGCUUUCUCCGCCGCGGACAUCGUCUUCAGAUCCCUAGUGGGUUUCGCCAUUGAUUCGGGUACCUUAUCGUACGAAUUCCUCAUGCUACUCGGAUUCACGUUGCAGGGACUAACUUACGAGUGGCUCGUCUGGGCGAAUACACUACCGCAAAUGAUUGCAGCUUCUGCCUUCGUGGGUGCCACGUUUGGAUCAAGAUCGUGUCUCCUGGCACCCGCGCUGGUCAAGGACUUUGGGAUCGGCACGUUGCCGGUGAUUAUGGGUGGUGUGCUCUUCUGCACAGGUGUAUCUCUUCUCCUCCGUCCGCCACUGAUCGGACACUACAGAGACACCUACGGUGACUACACCGGACUGCUCCAUUUGAUGGCGGUACUGAAUGCAUUCUUCGUUUGCAUUUGGGCGUUAAAGCUGGCUGCUGAGAGAAGAUCAAGGACGACGGCGUCCACUUCCACCUACGGCCUUGCAACUAAAUUCUAUAAGCAAGAACGACAGCGGAUAACGUCAGAUUCAGUCAAAGAGCACUAGCAUAUCAGCACUCAAAGUGCGCGUCUAACAUGUGAAGCCUAAAUAUUUGGUCUCAAAAAGUACGGCGAGGAAGUGGAAGAAUGAAGCUUUAGUGCAUAUAAGCUAUAAGUCGAAUUCAUCAACAUUAACAAUGGGAAAAGGGCAAUAAAAGUGGAGGGGGGGAGGCACUAAAGUCAGAAAGAUUAGCUAGGCUUAAUUGUCGCGCGCGUAGACAAGCAGGGCUCGCGUGGCCUCGGUUGAGCUGUCCGUUAACCACACAUUUAGAGUUGCGGGUCUACAGAGUUAGGACAGGGGGUUUGAGGAAGGAAGGUUGAGAUUCGUUGCACUGCCGCGUAAACGCUUAACUGCUCUGGCAAUGCAAGUAAAGAGAGCGACACUAGUAACGAAGAAACAGAUAAGGUCAGGCACGUCGCUUAUCUACAAGAAUCUGAAGGGCGCCACAGCAGCAAUACAGAUAAGCUCGAGUCGAAUGCCUCAGAUGAAAUCAAGUGUUACCUUGGCCGCCUUUGGUCGCGAUUUCUUUUUGCUUCGUUUCUCUGCAAAACGGGCUUGGUGCCUUCAUUGAAACUUGGAGGACGCAUUGACUAGCUCAGAUAGUAUGACAGUUUAUUGUUCAAUAGCAUCGCAAUACCGGAAAGAGUCGUUUAUGAUAAAACUAAAAACGCAGCAUUUCGCAUCAGGCAUUAAUGCUUAUUGCAACCAUCGGCCGCGUUUAGAUGGAGGCCAAAUGCAAAAAAGCCCAUUUGCUUGCGUUGUAGUGCACAUUAAAGAACCCCAAGUCGUCAAAAUU